GUCUUUAUCAGGAUGGCGGGAGCAGGAAUGGACAAACAUCCUAAUCCAGGAUGUAAGAUUAUGACUUUUAGACCAACUAUGGAUGAGUUCAAAGAUUUUAACAAAUAUAUAUCAUAUAUGGAGUCUCAAGGAGCUCACCGAGCAGGAGUUGCUAAGGUAAUUCCCCCAAAGGAGUGGAAGCCAAGGCAAAAUUAUGAUGCUAUUGAUGACAUGGUGAUUCCAGCACCUCUUGAGCAAACCUUUAUUGGGAAGACAGGAUUUUGUGCUCAGUACAACACCGAGACAAAACCAAUGACUGUGAAAGAAUACCGUCAAUUAGCAAACAGUGACAGGUACUGUACCCCAAUAUAUGAGAAUUUUGAAGAACGGGAACGAAAAUACUGGAAGAAUAUAGCCUUUAAGGCACCAAUCUAUGGAGCGGAUGUCAUUGGGAGCAUAUAUGAUGAAGGUGUUGACCAAUGGAAUAUUGCACACCUGAACACCAUAUUGGAUAUCCUGAAGAAAGAGAAUGUCGUGUCCAUUGAGGGAGUGACUACUCCCUAUCUCUAAAUGUGCCAUACAUUUCCAUGGCACACUGAGGACAUGGACCUCUACAGCAUUAACUAUAUUCAUUUUGGAGAGCCCAAAUCCUGGUAUGCCGUAUCUCCAGAGCAUGGGAAACAACUUGAACGUCUAGCGCAAGGAUUCUUCCCCAGUAACUUUCGUGAUUGUAACUCAUUUCUUCGCCACAAGAUGACAGUACUAUCUCCUAAUAUAUUGAAAAACUGUGGUAUUCCCUUUGACAAGAUCACCCAGGAGGCUGGCGAAUUUAUGAUAACUUUCCCAUAUGGGUAUCAUGCUGGUUUUAAUCAUGGAUUUAACUGUGCGGAAUCAACAAAUUUUGCCACAGUCAGAUGGAUUGACUACGGAAAAGUCUGUAAAUUGUGCACCUGCAGAAAAGAUGUGGUCAAAAUUGCAAUGGAUGUCUUUGUGAAGAGGUUUCAGCCAAACAGAUAUCAGCUUUGGAAGCAAAACAUGGAUCUCUACCCUAUUGAUCACAUUAAAUCUACUCCAACCUCUAUGUCAGAAAUAGAGAUCUGGAUGCAGAAAAACAGAACCAAAGAAAGAUUACAUUCCAGAAGACAGACAUUCUGCACUGACAGCAAUAUCUCUUAUAACAGCAGAUCUCAAUCUGCAAGGCUUAAAACUUCGACGGCUGAGCAAAUGCGAGCUAAGUUAGCUGGUACAGAAGUCACAGCCACGGAAGCAGCUACAACUGAUUUCAAGGUCAGCGAAAAACCAGCAGAAAAGGCAAAGCAGUUCAACACUGAAGUGCUUUCUGGGAAAGAGAACAUCAUUAGUGUGAUGAACCAAGGUCAGAAUGUAUUGGGUAGCAUCAAGGACUCAGGAAUUGGCUCUUCAAGAUCCUAUUCUGAUUUUGCAAAGCAGAAUUAUGCUACUGCAAUGAAAUUCCAAAGUUAUAUAGGAAAAGACUAUUCAAACCAUAAGACUGAGGCUGAACAGGCCCAAUUAUGCAAGAUAUUUGGAACCUAUCAGGAAAAACACUUGGAGAAAGAAGUUAGUAAUGAGAAAUCUGAGGAAGAUGACACCAACUCCAAAGGCACUGAUAAUCACUCAGAUUCAAAAAACAUGUCACCAGUAAUCAAGAAAAGGAAGCUUUCCUCAACACUGCUGCAAAUAAGUAAAAAUUUCAGGUCCAAUGUAGCAGCAGAAAGGCGCUCCGGCUCAGCAAGGGAAUUAUCAGCUAGAGCUUCAGGGACCCAGGAAUCAGUAAAUAAUAAAGCAGGGUUCAUUGGAAACUCAAGUGGAAUCGACCGAGUUUGA